CAGUAGAUGUCAGUGACAGUGUAGUGUUACAACAAAUCUGUGCACAAAGGCCACUGUCAUCAUUACGGAUUAUAAAUAUCUUUAAUUUUACCGGUGUUUUAUUUUUAUUUCUUAACCGUGUUGGAGACGUUGUUAUCUGUCAAAAAUCCAUCGACUGAGAACGGCCAGUGAUUCAGAAGCACAAUCAAAUGCACCUGAGCUCAGGUGUGCUGAGCUGACAUUCAAGCGCGAGAUCAGAUGAGACGAUCCUCUUCACUGUAACUACUCAUUCACCUGCUGAAAUAACCGUGUUUGACGGGAAAUACGUCUCCUCUCCAUAAAGACACCACCACAUUACCUGAUAUAUGUAUGGAGAGAUUGUGAGUUAAAACAAGCUUCCUUGAGGAGUUUCGUAUCUUGCGCUCUUUGGCUGCAGUGGGUUUCUUUCUGAUCUAUCAUGGAUUGGGGUUCAGAUCUUUGGGACCAGCAUGAUGUGAUUGAGAGACACACUCAGAGUGGGCUGGAUCUGCUGGAGCGAUACGUGAAGUUUGUCAAAGAGAGAGCCGAGAUCGAGCAGAAUUACGCCAAACAGCUCAGGAACCUCUGUAAGAAAUAUUCCAGACGAGGCGUCAAAGAAGACCAGGACACAAAGAUGACCAAUCAGCAGGCGUUUCAGGACGUGCUGAAUCAGCUGAACGAUUCCGCGGCUCAGAGAGAGCAUCUGUCCGAGAGCAUGACGCUGAACAUCUGCGUGGAGCUCAGCAGAAACCUGCUGGAGCUGCGACAGGAGCGCAAGAACCAUCUCUGUGACGUUAAGAAGGCUCAGCAGAACCUGGAGAGCAGCUUCAAACAGCUGGAGACUAGUAAGAAGCGUUUUGAGAAGGAGUGGAGAGAAGCAGAGAAGGCCAAUCAGCAGACAGAGAGAGUCCAGCAGGACGCAAACGCCACCAAAGCAGACGUGGACAAGGCCAAACAGCACGCUCACAUCCGCGUGCACUUAGCAGACGAGUGUAAGAACGAUUAUGCUUCACAGCUGCAGAAACACAAUAAGGAGCAGAACAACUUCUACCACUCAGAGAUCCCGUCUGUGUAUAAGAAGCUGCAGGAAAUGGAGGAGCGGCGCAUCAGAUUGUUAGCCGACGGCUACGUGCACUUCUCUGAAACAGAGAAGAACGUCCUGCCCAACAUCAACAAGUGUUUGGACGCCAUCAGCUCCACUGGGAGGAACAUAAAUGAGAAACAGGACACUAUGGCUCUCGUAGAGCAGUAUAAAUCGGGUGCAGUGCCUCCUGCUGAAGUGGAGUUUGAGGAUUACAGUCAGACAGUCAGAGCUGCCACAUCUGACAACACAGCAACACACCUGCCCAAAGUGCGCAUCAAACAGCUCUUCCUCAAGAAAAACAAGGUGACGUCUCCUGAUAAGAACUUGCCGUCAUCGCUGGAGGAUCUCUCUCGUCUGCCUCUGGAUCAGAGGAGGAGGCGUCUGCAGGAGAAGAUCGAUGACAUCCAGAAGGAACUUCAGAGAGAGACGGAGCAGAGCGAGGCUCUGAUGAGGAUGAAGGGUGUUUAUGAGCAGAACUCUCAGCUUGGAGAUCCAUCCAGCCUUCAGCCUCAGAUCACACAGACCGCCCAUAACAUCGCCAGACUGAGAGGAGAGCUCAACAAAUACCAGGUUCAGCUGACUGAAGCCAGCGGUGGGACGCUGCAACACACUCCCGCCAGUUCAGAGUACAUCUCCGUGCUGAGCGAGUCCAGCGUGUCUCCGUCAGAGAACAUCUAUGAAUGUGAAUUUGAUGAGGACUUUGACAUCGACGUUCCCAUCGGUCAGUGCACAGCGCUCUAUGACUUCGACGGCAGCAGCGAGGGCGCAGUAAGCAUGCAUGUGGGCGAGCAGCUGAGUCUGAUGCAGGAGGAUCAGGGCGACGGCUGGGUCCGAGUUCAGAGGGCCAAUGGAGACGUGGGAUACGUGCCGGCGUCAUACAUCCAGAUCAUCUAGAAACAGCUGAUCGCGUGUUUUACGGGAGUGUGAGCUGUGCUCAUGUGACUCCAUCAACUCUUGUGCUUUUAUGUCACGGGGAGUGUUUUUACUUUUUGAUUUCUUUCUUUUCUGUCAUGCAUUAUGCUGCUUCUGGUGAUUUCCUGAACAUUUGUAGUUUUAAAAUGGUUUUUCGUUGUCUUUUUCUGCUGCGUUUGUUAAUUAUUGCAUGUAGAAGCCUUCAGCUCUGAUUGUUGUAACUUCAUGACGCAUAAAAACAGUCAAGUGUGUCCAAACUUGUGCUGAAUGAUUGCCAUAUUUAAUUUAAAUCUCUGUUUAACCCCAAAAAAUUAUAACUAUAACGACAUCUAUAUUAGCGUCCACAUCAUCGGAUGAUAUCAACAAGUGCAUGCUUGAGCAGCCAUGCACAUGAACAACAGUCAAGGUCAGGAUUUUCAUUAAAUAAUACAUUACAUUUUGAGUAGAUUAUAAGCCGCCAGAACACUUGGAAUAUAUGACAUGGGAUCAUUCUGUGAUAUAAUGUGGGAAAUGAUGCCUGAAAUUGAAAGAAGAGCUAGAACACCACAGUGUGAGUAAAUGAUGACUUUAUCAGUUUUUUUUAUUUUGGGGGUGACUGUCCCUUUAAGGCCCAUUCACGCCAAGAAUGAUUUAUUAUCCGUUUAUAAAUGUUCUGUUUAUGAAGUCUGCCGCUUUAAAUGCUGUGGUCUUUAUUAAAGAUGUAUUCUGAUUUGUUGUCAGUGUUUUGAUCAUUUAUCAGCGGGGCAAAAGCUUUCUGGAAGUGAUUCGAGAAUGUAUGCAUGUAUCGUAUCGUAUCGAAUGUAUCGUUCCUCAGUGUGAUAUCGAAGUCGUGUGGACUUCCUCAUUCUCAAUUAAUUAGAACGUUAAUUAAAACUUUAAAGGUAUAGUUAUUGUUCUUGGUGUGAACAGGCAUUAAGGUAUUUAUUUAUUUUUAAUUCAAACGCAAGAAUGUUUAAAUGUGGUAAUGAUGUUUCAGAUCAGAUGUGCCUUGAGUUCGCUGGUUUUAGAUGUGCAAGGAUGUGUUUUGGUGUUUGUCUCCGCCUGCUGGCUGCACACAACAGUUAAUAAAUGCCAAUAUUUUCAGUCAAAUUCACUCUUAUGCAAU